UAAAUUAUUUGCGUGGAAUUCGUCAUACCACGAAGUCAUCAUAGUACGAAGACCGGACAAGCAUUAAUGUUUUGUCAUCGUCUUGCAGUUAGCGACUCGAGUGUUUUGUUGUCAAAAUGGCUACCCACAAAACUGCUGAUGCGUACCCGGCUACGGGGAUGGAAGUAAACAAGGCUCCCGAGAGAGGCAGCAUGGCCGGUAGCAUCCGAAUGCUGGUUGUCAUAACAACCAGCAUUCUGGUGGUUGUAAUUGCCGCCAAAAACUCUCUGACGUGGCUCCUGGACCAGUUUCUCUUGGCGAGUGGAUGCUUUUGGACCAGACAGUACGAGGUCAUCUACAACCUGUUUGGCGGGAACGAGUUCUUAAUCCUUUCAUUAGGGACCUUGCUGGUGUCAACUGUGGUGUACUGGACACUCGCCUCCGGAUGCUUGUUUGUCGAUGCAACAGGGAAGCCAUCUUGGAUUCACAAAUACAAGAUACAGCAGGACAAGAACAUACCGGUGGAUCCUGCACUGCUCCGGCAGGCUGUGACCGGGACCCUCUUCAAUCAGUUCGCAGUGGGUCUCCCGUUCCUCCUGGUGUGUGCCUGGCUGAGUAGAAUGCGCGGAUGCAGCGCUUCUACACGCUUGCCUGAAUUCCACUCCGUGUUGCUGGAGAUGUUGGUGUUUCUGGCGGUGGAGGAGAUUGGUUUCUACUAUUUACAUCGGUUGUUUCAUCACAGUUUCUUCUACAAGCGAUUCCACAAGCGCCACCAUGAGUACACAGCGCCGUUCGCCGUGUCCAACUUCGACGUGCACUGGUUGGAGCACGCGGUGGCGAACCUAGCACCCAUGGCCGCCGGUCCGCUGAUUGCGGGCUCUCAUGUGGCCACUACCUGGUUCUGGCUGACUAUUGGUACGUUCUCUAGCCUCCUGGCCCACUCUGGGUAUCACCUGCCAUUCCUACCGUCGACCGAGGCUCAUGACUUUCACCAUCUCAAAUUCGUGAAUAAUUUCGGAGCCUUGGGCAUUCUGGAUCGCCUACACGGCACGGACGCCAUCUUCAGACAGUCACAGAACUUCCAACGUGACGUGUUGCUGACUGGAUUCACUCCAGCUUCUGAACUGGGUACAGCCAAAGGCAACUAACUUGGAACAAGUUGAACAGUGUAAAAUUAUGGAAGAGGAGGUACUGC